AUAAGUUCGGUCUCAUCAAAACCCUUCUCUGUCUGCUCAAGUGAUAAAAAAAGCAAACAACUCUGUAUAAACAAAACGUUCCUUUUCGGUAGAUAGAGAAGCUUAACAGAAAAGAAGUAGGUCUCUAAUUUCGUUUUUGGUUACGACUUCUGAGUGUGUACACAACCAACAGAGAAAGAGAGAGUCUCAGUCAGGCCUCCAUGUCUGACUCGGAGCUUUUUCUCUGUCUUCUUCCUUCGAUCUUAGCUCUGUCUCUGAUUUUCAUUCUUGUCAAAAGAAAGCAAACCAGGCUUAAUCUUCCACCAGGAAACAUGGGUUGGCCAUUUUUGGGCGAAACAUUUGGUUACUUGAAGCCUUACUCUGCAACUUCGCUUGGAGAGUUUAUGGAAAAUCACAUAUCAAGGUAUGGAAAAAUCUACAAGUCCAAUCUGUUCGGCGAGCAAACAAUAGUCUCUGCUGAUGCUGGAUUUAACAGAUUUAUACUACAAAACGAAGGAAGAUUGUUUGAGUGCAGUUAUCCAAGCAGUAUAGGUGGGAUUCUUGGAAAAUGGUCUAUGUUGGUUCUAGUUGGAGACAUGCACAGAGACAUGAGGACUAUAUCUCUCAAUUUCUUGAACCAUACCAGGCUUAGGACUCAUCUUCUAAGAGAGGUUGAGAAGAACACACUGGUUGUUCUAAACUCUUGGAAGGACAAUUCAGUUUUUUCAGCUCAAGACGAGGCCAAGAAGUUCACAUUUAAUCUGAUGGCCAAACACAUCAUGAGCAUGGAUCCUGGAAUGCCCGAAACAGAGCAAUUGAAGAAAGAGUACAUCACUUUCAUGAAAGGUGUAGUAUCUGCUCCUGUGAAUCUACCUGGUACAGCAUACAGAAGAGCAUUGCAGUCUCGAUCGACUGUGCUGAAGUUCAUAGAGAGAAAAAUGGAGGAGAAAAUGAGAAAGAUGGAGGAAGGAGUAGAAGAAAAAACAGACGAAGAUGAUUUGCUUGGUUGGGUUUUAAAGUAUUCCAAUCUUUCUCCAGAGCAAAUCCUUGAUUUGAUUCUAAGUUUGCUUUUCGCUGGCCAUGAAACUUCGGCUGUGUCAAUAUCUUUGGCUAUCUACUUCUUACAAGCUUCUCCCACCGUUGUUCAUCAAUUGAGGGAAGAACAUCUGGAAAUUGCCAGAGCCAAGAAGCAGUCAGGGGAGCUGGAAUUGAACUGGGAUGACUACAAGAGUAUGGAAUUCACCCAUUCAGUCAUCAACGAGACUCUCAGGCUGGGUAAUGUGGUGAGAUUUCUUCACAGAAAGGCUAUAAAAGAUGUGCGGUAUAAAGGUUAUGACAUUCCUUGUGGAUGGAAAGUUCUACCGGUGAUAUCCGCAGUUCACUUGGAUUCUACAGUUUUUGAGGAGCCUCAUCAAUUUAAUCCUUGGAGGUGGCAGGGAAUUACUUCGACCGCGGCGACGAGCAAUCAGUUCAUGCCGUUCGGGGGAGGACCGCGGCUCUGCGCGGGUUCGGAGUUGGCUAAACUUGAAAUGGCAGUCUUCAUACACCAUUUGGUGCUAAACUUUCAAUGGGAAUUAGCGGACAAGGAUCAAGCUAUGGCAUUCCCAUUUGUGGAGUUCCCUAAAGGCCUACCCAUUAAGGUCCAGCGCCAAAAGUUUGCAUGAGAAAAGGCAAAUAAUGGAGACCAGAAAAGUGACCUCUAGCUCUAGCCUGUGCUGCACUUGGAUCGAUAUAUAUAUAUAGAUACAAAAAUAGUUAAUGCUCCUUUGUACGUGAAUGUGAAGAUUUUGAGUAUCUUGUAUGUUUUAACGGCAUAUGUAGUGUAUAUUAAUGUUGUUUUGACGUUAUAUGUAAAGCUCACAUGAGCCAUGCAUAGCGAAGACAAAACAAAUUAGUGAACAAGACCACUGCAGAGAAAGAGAAGUGAGCACGGGGUGCCAAGAGUGGACCACUUCUUCCUCUCCAUCGUUUUAAUUAUCUUGUAAAUUCUACUUCUGGUCCCUCCAUAUUUGGGAGAAUAAAUAAAUUUUCUUUUAAAGAUUGAUGUAUAUGCCCUUUUUUUUCCCUUGUAA